CAAACCAUUCCGAACCGGUAGAAUUUCACCGCUGGUCCUAAGUGGGCUCUGCCACCCCACAGGUCAUCCACCGCCUGCCGAUGCCCAACGUUAACGAUGAGCUGCACCAUUCCGGCUGGAACGCCUGCAGCAGCUGCUUCGGAGACACCACCAAGAAGCGCAACCGUCUCAUUCUUCCCAGCUUGAUCUCGUCCCGGAUUUAUGUGAUCGACACCGGCACCAACCUGAGAGCCCCCAGGAUCCACAAGGUGGUCGAGCCCAUUGACCUCUACUGGAAGUGCAACUUGGCAAAUCCUCACACCUCACAUUGCCUGGGCAAUGGCGAAAUCAUGAUUAGCACCAUGGGUGACCCUUCUGGCAAUGGAAAAGGGGGUUUUGUCCUGCUGGACGGUGAGACCUUUGAGGUGAAGGGCAACUGGGAAAAAGGCAGCAAAGUCCCACCGUUUGGCUACGAUUUCUGGUACCAGCCCAGGCACAACGUCUUGAUGAGCACUGAGUGGGGAACGCCCAAGUGCUUCGCCUACGGGUUCGACCCAGCCGAUUUGGAGAAAGGUGAGAGAACGGCUCCUUGCUGUCUUGCAUCUGAGAGGCCUCUUCCAGGAGUUCCACAGGCAUCGGGUAUCUUCAGAGAAACCAAGCAGGCCGAUCAAGGAGAACCUGGUUGGAAGCAUCUUCCAUGGUCCAGAAGAUGGAGUUGAGGUCCAGCAUAAGGACUGGAGAAGAAAGAGGCGAAGCUAGGCAGGAAUUGAGGUCCAAGGGCCAAUGAGAUUCAAGGCAGCAUCUCUUCCCACCAAUGAGGAGACACUUAGAGGAGGAGCCUUAAUAGGGCGAGGAUGAGUCACAAGGCAGCCAGGAGCUACAGAAGGGUGGAGGCCAAUUUCUCAAUAAGUUGGACUAUUAUAUUAUAAAUAGCUAUCAUUAACUAUUUGAUGGUGAGGUCCAGUUCACAUCUGUAGGGGAUCCAAU